AUGAGCAACAAGAAGCCUCUGAAUUUUUAUGAAAAUAGAGGGAUUAUUAACAUGGAAGCUAGAUUUCCUCCAAAUUAAAACAACAACGACUUUGAGCAGUUUUAAUUAGAAUUACUUAAAAAGCACAAUUACGAAUAGAAUGUGAAUCAAAAAAAUAUUGAUUUCUUAAAUAAUAGCUUUGAUCAAUAGUAGCAACAACAAAGCGCAGCAGUUGCUCCAAAUUAAUAUUUUUCAUAGAAGAACCUCAGAACAUACAAUGGAUUCGAUAACCAUUAACAAUCCCAAAGCCAAUAUAAAUCUUAAUUGCAAUCAUAAUAAAAUGAGCCGUUCCAAAAUCAAAAUAGAUUCAAUACUGAUUAUCCUGAAAUCACAGUUAACAGAUAAUUAGCAAAUCCUCGCUCUCAAAAUUCUCCUUCAAAGAUUUUCUCAUUGAAAAACAAUGCUGACAGAUUUUUAACCCCAGUAAGUAAUUAACAAGGCAAAUUCUUAGCUUCUCCAAGCAACAAUGGAUAGCAAUUAAGCGCCACUAAUAAAUCAAGCCAUAAGCCAAUUUUUUCCAGUAGUAUAGUAAACUCUUAAGCAUUUAAUGAAGUAGAUAUUUCAGAGAUUCAUUAGCAAAAUCAAGAAAAUGAUUAGGUUAAGCACUCUAAAAAGUAUCAUGUUCCCCCUCAUUAAGAAUAACUACAAGAAGAAAGAGUCAAACGCUCUCAUAACACUAAUACGAACUCUUAGUUUUUCUCAAGUCCCACAAAGUCAGGCAUAAAUAACAAAAAAAUAUUUAAUGGAGAAACCAAUAAUGAAGAAUUGAAUAAAUCUCAUAGCUAUAUCAAAAAUGUAGAACUUUUAAAUUCAGAAGAAAGAAUAAAAAAGUCAAAGAUAUUUUAGAGCCAAGACCAAACUUUGAAUGCAUAGCAACAACUUUAAUAGCAACAAAAGAUGAGUUACAUUGAAGUUAGUUAAAACCAAGUUUAGGACAAGUAUUCGAGAGAAAAAGCCCUCAGAGAACAAGAAUUGAAGAAGAUCACACUGGAAUAGGCAUUUUGCUAGAAUUGUUUCGAAUUUAUUAGAUACGAUUCAGCAGACAUAGUUGACCUCCACAGUUAAAACUGCAAGAGUGUAGAAGAUCAAGCCAGAAUUUAGGUUUUACAAUUCAUACAAAAGGAAAGAGAGCUUCACAACAGCUUUAUCGAUGAAACAGAUCAUAACGUUAUUGAAAACCAACAAUUAAUUUAAAUAUUAAAUACUAAGCUAGAAAAGCUAAGAUAUCUUUUUAUGAAAAUGACAAACGUCCUUUAAGAUUCUGAUUUCUUGUAGGCUAAGCCAGAAAUUAAAGUUUACAACAUUGUUGAAAUAAAAAAAUCAAUGGAAAAAAUAUGUAAUCAAGAUAUUGAUUGUAGAUUCAUCCAGUCCUGUCUAGAAAACAUCGAAAACCAAACUAAAGACAUAGAUCUAAUUUAAAAAAUAUAUUGCACUCCCGAAUCCACCCAAUUCCUACAAAUAAUAAAAACCGUGCCUGAAAUCGCCUACAAAAAAAUGGAAUACAUAACGAAGCUCCAACAAUAAAACGUAUUUUGA